UUUUUGGUUUAUCACGUCGUCGAUGUAAUAUUUGUAUUUCACAGUUUAAGCUAUGAACAAGAAGGCAACGUGGACUGAAAAAGAUUUGAAAGCAGCAAUGCUUGCUAUUGCGAAGGGUAAAUGGAAGCGUGAAAGUGCUAGGAAUUUUGGUGAGUUAAUUUUACUUACCUACAUAGGCACAUAUCUGUAUCUCUUUAUUAGAAAAUAAGGUUUAAGUGAUAACCUAUUUAAUUUGUUGAACAAUAUUUUAGGCAUUCCAUAUUCUACACUUAAAGAUCGGCUAAAAACAAACAAUACAACAAGUGCCAAGUAUGGGCGUCUUGCCACUUUUACUGUUUCCCAAGAAAAUGAGUUAGCCAAUCACUGCAUUUAUCUUGCUAAGAUGUUUUAUGGUCUUUCACCUAUAGAUUUGCGUAAGGCUGCUUACGAGUUCACUGUAGGUAAUAAUAUAAAUCAUAGAUUUAACGAAGAAAAAAAAAUGGCAGGAAAAGACUGGUUGCAAGCUUUUAUCAAACGUCACCCAAAACUUAGUAUUAGAAAACCAGAAGCUACUAGUAUAGCAAGAAUCUCUGGAUUUAAUAAAGAUGCUGUGCAAUUAUUUUUUUCAAAUUUGAAUGAGGUAUAUCAAAAGUAUAGUUUUCAACCUGACCGUAUAUAUAAUUUUGAUGAAACAGGUAUUUCCACAGUUCCUCAAGUGACAAAAAUAUUAGGACCAAAAGGUAUAAAACAGUUGGGAAAAGUAGUUAGUUGGGAAAGGGGCCGUAAUAUUACUGUUGUCUGUGCUAUAAGUGCAUCAGGUAACUAUGUUCCUCCCAUGUUUAUAUAUCCUAGAGAAAGAAUGUCAGAUUUGCUUAAAAAAGAUGGUCCUAUUGGUGCAGUGUAUGAAUGCUCUAAGUAAGGAUGGAUCAAUGAAGAACUUUUCAUAGUUUGGCUAAAACAUUUUGUUAAAAUUACAUGUGCUACUCCUGAUAACCCCAUAUUGUUAUUGUUAGAUAACCAUAGUAGUCAUUGCACAUUAGCAAGUUUUGAAUAUUGUCGGAAAAAUGGAAUUGUCAUGUUAUCAUUUCCCCCUCAUACAUCUCACAAGUUACAACCACUUGAUUUAACUGUGUUCGGAUCAUUAAAAAAAUCUUAUUCUAAUCAGUGUGAUUUAUUUUUAAGAAACAAUAACCAUGAGAAAAUAACACCUUAUGAUGUUGCUGGAUUAUUCAAGUUGGCCUUUGUGCGCAUAGCUACUGUAGAAAAAGCUCAAAAUGGUUUUAAGGUGAGUGGAGUGGUCCCUUUUAACCCGCUUAUAUUUACGGAUGAAGACUUUCUACCUGCAUCAAUUAUUGCACCAGAUGUUGAGAUGACACAAGUUGAAGCUCAACCAGACUCUCAUACUCCAACUAUAUUAGAUUUUGUAACCAAUACCAGUGAUCAACCAGAAAAUGUAAAUGAACAAGCAGUUUCAACCACUAAAGUUACAAUACAACAAAUUUCACCUUUACAUAUAAAACAAAAUAAAACACCAAAACGGGCUGGAAAAAAAGGAACAUCAACAAUUCUUACUGGAACCCCUGAAAAAUCUGAACUGCAACGGAAAGAAAAUAAUAAAUUAAAAAAAUUAAUAAAGGCCAAUACAAAAAUCAUCGAAAAAGAGAAGAGUGCCAAAAAAUCUGUGGUAAAGAAAAAACUGUAUUCAAAAGAUUCAUCAACUAGUAGCGAUGAAGCGAUCAAAGAUCUUUGUGAUGAUACCUCAGAAGGAGAAUUUGAUGAAUUUGAAAACGAAUUGUGUAUCUUGUGCAACGAGUUUGGUAAAACCGAAAUGUGGUUUAGGUGUGGUGUGUGCAAAAAGUGGGCUCAUAAAGAGUGCACAGGUCAUGAUGAUUAUAAAACAUACAUUUGUGAUUUCUGUAAAUAAAAUGUUUUAUUUAAAUUUAAAUUCAUUGUACCUAAAGUAGGAACAAAUGUUUUCAAUUUGCUUGUUUUUAUUAAAAUAACUUAAAGACUGACAGUUAUGUUAUAGUCUUUAUAAUCCUAAAUAUUUAAAUACUGUUAUUAAAAUAACUUAAAGACUGACAGUUAUUUUAUAGUCUUUACUCCUAACCUUGUUUUUGAUUAUUAUAAUUUAUAUUACAUUGUUAUAUAAAUAUUACCUAUAUUUUGAAUAUUGUUUAAAAAAGUUUUAUUAAAUGUAUAAUUUGUCUUCUCUCAUUUUAAUUAUAAGUGUAAAGUGUCAUUGUUAUCUAGAUUACCUACUUCAAAUGCUCUCAAUUUGUUUUAUUUUUUAUUGCAAUAAUUAAAAUACUUAAAGGUUGAAUUGUAAUUUAUAGUCCUGGUUAUCUUAUAUUCAUUAUUCCUAAAUAUUUACAUAUGGGACCUCCAUAUUAAUAGAUU